AUGCCUACAGCCACACAGGGCGUCCCUGAAAGUCCUCCAGAUCUCUCCAAGAAGAUUCCUCCCCUCAAAUCCCUACUCCCUGCGAAUCGGAAAUCCAGCGUCCCUGAACGACCCCGCAGCCCUCCUCCGCAAACUCCGCUACUCCCAGAGCCUCCUGCGACGCAGCAAGGAUGGCAAUACAUAAAGCCCAGUAGACGUAUUCUCUCACCCCACGACCAUGCCGUCUUCCUAGCUUCUUCCACAUACGAUCUCAUCACUUCUUUCAUCUUCACACUUUCGGACAGCGUGAGAGACAAACCCAUAUCUUCUGCCAAGGAUGAAACACUCGACCCGAUAAUUCACGCAGUACUACAAGUCCUCGACGAGGCCGAGGCACUCAUACAAAAAUGUCCACCAGAAGACAAUGAAGGCUCACGCUUUGGAAACAAGAGCUUCCAUCGAUACGUCGACGAGGUCGAGCUGGCACAGCAGGAAUGGCACGCGAAGCUAGGCAUUACAGAUCCUGCCACCGUCGAUGAGAUAUCAACAUACUUGAGCAAUUCCUUUGGCAACAGGACACGAAUCGACUACGGCUCCGGCCAUGAGCUGAAUUUUUUCACAUGGCUGCUCUGCCUCAACCGCCUCAACUACCUCCCACCAUCCACCUUCCCCGCCGUCAUCCUCCGCAUCCUUCCCCGCUACCUGCGCCUCAUGCGCAACGUCCAGACGACAUACUACCUUGAGCCCGCCGGCUCGCACGGCGUCUGGGGUCUCGACGACUACCAGUUCCUCCCAUUCCUCUUCGGCGCAUCACAGCUCUACCACCACCCCUACAUCCGCCCCAAGUCCAUCCACCAAGCCUUCACACUCGAGGAAUUCGGCAAGGAGUUCAUGUACCUCGACCAAGUACAAUUCGUCAACAGCGUCAAGAACGUCGAGGGUCUGCGCUGGCACAGCCCCAUGCUCGACGACAUCAGCGCAGCCAAAUCGUGGGAAAAGGUCGAGGGCGGCAUGCGCAAGAUGUUUGUGCGCGAGGUGCUGGGCAAGUUGCCCGUGAUGCAGCAUUUCCUGUUCGGAUCGCUGGUUCCGGCUGUGGAUGGCAUGAGCACGGAGGAGCAGAGCGGCGUGCCUCGCGAAGAGGAUGAGGCGGAAGGCGGCGAGAUUGUAGUCAUGAAGGAUGGCAUGAGACACGUCCACACGGCGAAUUCGUGGGGCGAUUGUUGCGGGAUCAAGGUUCCCAGUAGUGUAGGCGCGGCAGAGGAAAUGAAGAAGCGCAUGGGCAUUGAAGGGCUGCGUAGGAUCCCGUUUGAUUGA